GGGCGGCUCCUCCCCGGGGCUGCAACUGUUCCCAGGCUGGGGCGAUUGCCGUCACCCCUGAACUUCCCCGUUCCUCUUCUCGGCCGCCUCCUUUUCCGUUGUCCCUUCGCGGCCCAAACCACAUCCUGGAGUGCACUCUCCAGCGUGGCUGGCAGCGGGGACGGUGCGCCGGGGCGCAGGCCCAAGAGUCGCGUGCGCGGCCCUUUGCACCAUCCCCCCGGGCCCACCCCCGGGCCGCGCUGAUUGGGCAGGUAGGGACUCUGCCCAGCGGAAAGUUUUGGGUGCCGGGAGGAAGUCUAACCUUUGGGAGACUCCAAGACAGCAGCUCCGAGGUCGGCGGGGGUCUGGGUGGCCAUGGAGGAGCCCCCUGUGCGAGAAGAGGAAGAGGAGGAGGGAGAGGGGGACGAGGAGAGGGACGAGGUUGGGCCCGAGGGGGCGCUGGGCAAGAGCCCCUUCCAGCUGACGGCCGAGGACGUGUAUGACAUCUCCUACCUGUUGGGCCGCGAGCUUAUGGCCCUGGGCAGCGACCCCCGGGUGACGCAGCUGCAGUUCAAAGUCGUCCGCGUCCUGGAGAUGCUGGAGGCGCUGGUGAAUGAGGGCAGCCUGGCGCUGGAGGAGCUGAAGAUGGAGAGGGACCACCUCAGGAAGGAGGUGGAGGGGCUGCGGAGACAGAGCCCUCCGGCCAGUGGGGAGGUGAACCUGGGCCCAAACAAAAUGGUGGUUGACCUGACAGAUCCCAACCGACCCCGCUUCACUCUGCAGGAGCUAAGGGAUGUGCUGCAGGAACGCAACAAACUCAAGUCGCAGCUCCUGGUGGUGCAGGAAGAGCUGCAGUGCUACAAGAGUGGCCUGAUUCCACCAAGAGAAGGCCCAGGAGGACGAAGAGAAAAAGAUGCUGUGGUUACUAGGGCCAACAAUGCUGGCAGGAACAAGGAGGAGAAGAGAAUCAUAAAAAAGCUGUUCUUUUUUCGAUCGGGGAAACAGACCUAGAUCCAAGGCCACAAGUAAGGCUAUGGCUCUGAUUCUAGAAGACAACCUUCCAAGAUGCCUGGCAAAACCACCUCCCUGUGCCACACAGACACACUGGGCCUGUGUAUUUAUUUCCCCUUCAAAGCAGACUGAGGAGGGAGGAGACGAGGUUCUCUUGGCAUCACUUUCUCCCUGGCUGCGGAACUAGACACCCUUGAAGAUUUGGCCUGGGCCAGUGAGGCUGAAAUCAAGAAAAACAGAAGGGAUGUGCAGGGUGGGGGGGUCCACUUCCUGCUCCCAUGUCAACUCCCGGGGCCUCCAGCGUGCAGAUGCGUGUCCUACUCAUCUGCUCCCACGGAUGACCCUGGACGUCAAUGGUUAGCAGAAGGGAGAAAAGAAAGCAGGAAAAUGUGCUAUUGAAAUUCCAGUGGUGACUUCACUGAUAUUUAGUGAAUAUUUGAUUUAGCCAACAUGCCUUUCUUUAUGUGAUUUUGUAUUAAAGUAAAAUGAUUUUUAUACUUUC